GGCUUUUUUGUUUAAAAAUUUUGUAGCUUUUGUCUCAAUGGUAAAUUCUAUCUAUAUAUAAUUUUCCGAUUUUUUGAAUUUUUUUUUUUUUUUUUUCAAUAUGUUACUGAAAAUGUACCAUUCUUUCCCGCGCAAAAGCGCUUAAGCGUCUGAUCUUGUAUAUCCGACUCCAAUUCUCUUGAUUUGAUCGGCGGUUUAUUCAAAAACUUCUGUACCUCAGUAUGAGAUUGGUACAAAUGUUGUGUAACUACGAUCUGGUUGCUUUUUCACCCACCAUAAUAAACAGAACCUAAAAUUGUCCUUUUCACCUUUUCCUUUUAAGUAAACCGGAUCUAAGAAGUUUGUAAAUAAUCAGUGAACGGUCCUGGCUAUGAAAACACGAAUAAUGGCCACCGUUUCGAACGAAAAUCACCGAACGUCAAAAGAGCACGAAAUGAAGGAGAAUGCCACAAAUUCAACGACACAUCUCUACGGAACAAAAGCGAAGGAAAAAUUCGUAGAUGCCAAUUUAAUAGAUUAUGAAGAUGAUGAAGGUAAUACAUCGGAAAGCUCUUUGCCUUCUCUUCACGAGGGAAUAAGCCAAACCUCGCAAACUCCUGGAGCACUUGAUCAUCCGUCAAGACGUGUCAGCUUGGACAUAAGAAACAGUUCUACACCGAAGGCCCCAGCUGCUGAUAAUGAAAGCCAGUUGGCUAGAGAUUCUAUGGUUCUUAAUGAUUCGUCUCCUCCAGAGACUCCCUCCCGGAUUGGAGAUUUAAACAAUCUACAGAUGAAAACUUUGCUUACAGAUAUGGAUUUGCUUGCAAUGCGUGCAAACUCCAUCUCGGCUCCUUUAGUCCGUUCAGUAGAAGGUUUACCGGGACAAAACCGACCUCUUACUGCGGAAGGUACGGAGUUGUUUAUUCAAAAGGGCUUUCUCUUAAUGGAGGAACUCCGUCAGAUCUAUAACUUAAGCAGUGGAACAUUGAUUUUUCGAUGCUUUAAAGGUUGGGACAAGGAGUUUCCGGAUCUCUACGCACAUGAAGAAUCUAUGAGCUCGCUACAAUACUGUACGGGUAUCAUUGACUUAUUCGACAAAUCAUUUAUCUAUAUUGCUCUUCGCACAAUGCUUAUCGAUGCAAUGCUCGUACUGGAGAAUGACGAGGAUCUGUUCCAGGAAACGUUCGAUAUAUUUAUUGAUGUAUGCAUUCGUGUCAUACAACAUUAUCCCGUUUAUCGAAAACGACCUCUCGACUUAAUCGAAACACUCAUAUUUGGGUCUCUGGAUCACUUGAAAGAGUUGGGCGGAAGUCUUUGGCAGUCGCGACGUUGCGAAGAGCAAUUGAAGGACGCGUUAUUAGACUUAAAAGAUGACGCCGGGGUGAAGGCCGCCGAUGAUGAUGUUUUCGUGAGAAAAGGGAUUCAAUACUUUAAAAAGCUCAGGUUUGCAAACCGGCUUAUCUUGCCGGAUUCUCGAAUAGAGCAUGCAAUUGCUCGCUUAUCAAGUACAAGGGCACUUAUUGAGCAUUUGCAAAAACGCAUUAUGAAUCGUGCAAACGAUUCUUCGGCAACAAUAAAGCGCAAGAUAUCAGAGACUCCAACAAACGCAACUAAAAAACCGAAAAACGUGAUAGGGGCAGAAAGAUCGUUGAAUAGAUACAACGAAGGCUUUAACCCGCGCAUAUUGGGCAUGCUGCAGAAACAGUUAAAUGCUAUUGCCGCUGAUUCAAGUAUACUGAGUCAACGUGAGGAGCGCAUUCGGAUGCAAAUUGAUCACCUUCGCGAACAGCUAAAGCUUCUUCAACAGGGGGCUGUUGGUCAAAUACAGCAUCUCGUCAGUCCGACGUCGACCGCGGAUUCACAUUUACUAGAGACUAAUGAGUAUGCGUGUCCAACCACUGAUCUCUCUUCACCCUGGUUUCUAUAUAAUUCUGAGCAACACAGUUUUAGCGAGGCCGAUAACUCUUCUACUCCCAUGUAUGACGCGUCCGAUUUUCCGCCAGUUCGUGACGGAAAUGCCCCUUACAGCAAUAGGGCUAUGGUGAUGGAGAGUAGCAUGGAACCUCCUCAGCAGUCAAAGUCUCGAAAAAUGACGGGAGCCCGCAGACCUCGAAAAACACGGCAACGGUGGUCAGCAGCGCAAGAAGAUGAAUUGUUUAAAAUGAUUCAUUUACAUGGAUGUAGCUGGUCUAAAAUCCAAAAUAUUCAAAAGAGUCAUGAUGGCCCACUAAGUGUUUUCUCUCAGGUUCAACUGAAAGACAAGGCCCGUUUAGUCAAAGCUAAGUACAUGAAGCAGAAUCGUCUUGAUGAACUUUAUUCUAUUUCCCAUUUUUGGAAAAAUGUUACUGUUGGACAAGCAUACUGUGAAUUGCAUGGAAUCAACAAUCAUCGCAAAAAUGACAAAGAUGAAUUGCCUGUGACUGAAAAACAAACUUAGUUGCCUUUACAUCGUCCUUCUUUGUUUGCAUUAAAGCAUGAGCUUUUCUAUUUUUUUCAGUCACUCGUUUGUUAAGCUCAUUCGCUUUCUGCAUUUUCUUGACUUCUUUAAAGAUUGUUCUUAAAUGUUGCAUAGUGGUAUACUUAACCACAGUUUCAUUGAAUCAAUUUGGUUGAAAGAUGACUAAGUUGUUCUUUUUUUCGUUCACUCUUGUUUUCUUUCUCUUUCCCUCGUUUCUUAUUUUUUUUACCUAUCGAACAUGUUUACCAUUCCAAUAUUCUUGAAGUCCAUUUUCUUCCUUCUUCCUUUAGUUCACUGGUUUUGGUAAGUGCUGCUGUUUUUCUGUUUCGUUUUUGUUUUUUGUCUGCUGCAGGAUUGGCAGGCUUACUCUUAUUGACUAUAAUCGUGUAAGAGUCAAUCUAAUCAUAUAUUGAUCUUCACGUUUAAAGCUGGAGACUGGCUGCUGGGCUUUAAUAUGCCUUGUUAAUCCUCCUGAGAAGUUUCAAUCAUGUACUGAAGUAAGCAUACGAAACCGUUAGUUCUUUUAAUGCAACUGACAUGCUAAAUCUCGUAUUGUUCAUAUUCUGGUACCGUACAUGAAUGUGUACAUGACAGUAAACAAUCUUGUAAUGAUGAGUUUGUCGAUGUAUGCAUUACUAUGUAUUGUAUAUAUAUAUAUAUGUAUAUGUAUGUAUAUGGCAAGCAUAUAAUAUGGGUAGAUGCUCAAUCUAAAUCUGGUGUCGUUGAAAGUUUGACAGAUUUGUUCUUUUCCUUCUUUUUUUAAUUAAAUUUAAUUUUAGUUCUGCCAUUUAAUAAUUUUUAGGCUAUUAAUAGUUAUUUAUUCCCUAUAUCAGCA